GGCUGUUCAGAAUCUGGAAUUAACCCAAGCACACCUACAGAGAGCCGGGAGCCCUCACAUUUCAACUCCAGUGAUGUCAAGAAAAAUCUAACGAGCCUUUUUAUAAUGGAUGUACCUGGUUUGAUGCGCUGUUUGGAUCUUUUCAUCCUCACCAUUCAGUCAGCUAUAUCUGGUUUUUGAGUUUAAAUGUGAGAGGAAAUAACUCCGCGUUGGUUGUAUCAGAGACUUUGUUGGUGUGGAUGGACAGCUCACAAGUGCAUAUGCAACACUGUGGGAGCACCGUUGGAUUUACGCACCGCAUCCAUCUGGGAUUAUCUGGCUCAGGAAUCCGUUUCUUGAAUCGGAUGAGAUAAAAAGGAGAAUGUAUGGAAUAAACCAGCGCUGUAUUUACAUAUCAUUUCAUUUUUUCGUGCUAUGGUGCCAUGCUCAGGGGGAGAAUCACCCGUCUCCUAAUUUUAACCAGUAUGUGAGGACGCAGGGCGCAGUGACGGACCAGCUCAGCCGCAGACAGAUCAGGGUGUACCAGCUCUACAGCCGCACCAGCGGGAAACACGUCCAGAUUCAGGGGAAACGGGUCACCGCUACAGCCGAGGAUGGAAACAUGUACGCUCGCCUGUUUGUUGAGACAGAUACCUUUGGCAGUCGAGUGAGAAUAAGAGGUGCAGAGAGUGGGCGCUACCUCUGCAUGAACCGGAAGGGCAAACUCAUUGGCAAGCCCAAUGGCCGGAGCAAGGAUUGUAUCUUCACAGAGAUAGUACUGGAGAACAAUUACACGGCGUUCCAGAAUGCCAAGUAUGAGGGCUGGUAUGUGGCUUUCACCAGGAAAGGAAGGCCUAUUAAAGCCUCCAGGACAAGGGAAAACCAGAGAGAGGUCCAUUUCAUCAAGAGGCUACACACCGGCCCACCUCCUUUCCCCAACACGGACCAAAGCAAACACUUUGAGUUCAUCCGAUUUCCGUCCACACGUCGAGCAAAGCGGAACAGGAAAUCACGUACCUCCUCCUAAUGCAGCAAAAGAAAUGGACUGACACCAGCUGUGAUACAGGAAGAAACAGAUGCAACUUUAUUUUUGUACAUUUUUUAUAGGUAAACAAUCGUUAAAAUGCCAUAAAUCUAAAGUAAUAUUGCUGUACAAUGAUCAUGUGUAAAUACUGAAAGAGAGUAAAGCAGAUGGAUUAUUUUUAAUCAUCCUAUGUGCAUGUGUUGACUGGUGGGGAGCUGUGAUGGAAAGAAUGGACAUUAUGACAUUAGUCUUGAUCUCCAAGACUAAAAAUAACACAACAAUAACACAAUUAAGAAACAAUUUAGUUUUCAGCUUUAUGUCAUAUCAUGUCACAUGCUAUACAGGCUUCCAUUCAAGUUUAUAGCCCCUAUUAUUUCUCAUUGUUUAAUGCAGUGGGUGGACAAAAUAAAAUUAA